UACUCAGAGCAUAUGUAGUACAUUUUAUACUACAUAUGUAGUCCUUUCCUGUCAGACUUCUGUGAGAGCUUCCAGAGGAGUUAAAAAAAAAAGAAAACAAAAGAAGCAGGGCUCCUGCAACAGCUUUCUCUGUAUCUUUGAUUACAUUUGCUUCUGAAAAUGGCGGGGGUGAGCAGCUGUAUGAAAUAUUCCAUGUUCAUCUUCAAUUUUGUAUUCUGGGUGUGUGGGUGCAUUAUUCUGGGGGUCUCUGUCUGGAUGCGUGUAAGCAAAUCUGCUCAGGAGGAACUCAAUUUAGACAGCAGCCUGUUUUCAGCUGUUGACCUGAUGAUAGCAGUGGGCUCCAUCAUUAUGGUCCUUGGUUUCCUGGGUUGCUGCGGUGCGAUGAAGGAAAGUCAGUGCAUGCUGCUCUUGUUUUUUAUUGGACUGCUUUUGAUCCUGAUCCUUCAGGUUGUAGCAGGUAUUUUAGGAGCAGUAUAUAAAUCCCAGAUAGAGACAACUUUUAACCAGACUCUCUUGGAUAAAGUAAAGAUAUUGCAAGAUGUCAGUCAAGAAUCUCAAGUAUUUCAAGAGAAGUUUCAGAAGUUUGAGAAAAUGAAUCAGUGCUGUGGUUUGGUGAAGGGGUAUGAAGACUGGGGGAGCAAUUUUAAUACUGCUUUUAAUAAUUAUAAGAUUUGUGAAUGUGACCAGAAAGAACAAAAUACAGCUCUCUGCAUCCUCCAUUCUGGCAAAUAUAUUUAUAGAAAGCCUUGUGGUAGUGUGAUAAUUGAGUUCUUCAAAAACCAUAUGAUCAUACUCAUGGGGAUCGCAUUUGGACUGGCAGUUGUUGAGAUUGUUGGCUUGGGGUUUUCGAUGAGCCUGUACUGUCAGAUCCAGAGAAAAUGAAACAACGAAAGUGUCAGAACUAUGUCAUCAGCCAGAUCAAAACACAUAUAGUUAGAUAAGUAUUUGGCUUGCCACACUUGAAUAAACAUAUGCGUGUCACAAGCAGCUGAUUUGAUAAAAGCAGCAGCCCUGAUGUAUACAGAUUCUUCAGGAGGUGUAAAAUGAUCUUCUUAAAAUUAAUGAGCUUAAUGAUGUGAAUGUGAAUUUUU